UACACGUCACCGUGCACCAAUCCACUUCACCUGAAUCAUCCACCCACCGCUUCCACUCCGGCAGAGCGCACCCAGACGGCGGAGAAAACAAACCAUGGCCCCUCCCGGUCCCGGCCAACUGCUCCCCAUGACCCGCUCGCUUCUGCCUCCCUCCGCUCCCCCCUUCCUCUCCGGCCGCCGCCGCCUGCCUCCUCCCGCCCGCGCUCAAACCUCGCCUCGGCCACCAUGGCAGCCCCGCCGCCCCCCGUGUCCGGCUCCCCUCCAGCCGCUCCGCCCUCUGCCCAGGAACAGGACCCGUCCCGUUGCUCCGCCUCCCGGGGCCUCCGCCGCCGGCGGAGGCGAGGCGCAGGCCCUGGCCGCGGAGUUCAUGACGUCUGAGAGGGUGAAGGUGGCGGCGAUGCUGGGGCUGGCCCUCGCGCUCUGCAACGCCGACCGCGUCGUCAUGUCCGUGGCCAUCGUCCCGCUCUCCCAGGCCUAUGGAUGGACCCCUUCCUUCGCCGGCGUCGUGCAGUCAUCCUUCCUCUGGGGAUAUCUGAUAUCACCUAUAAUUGGUGGAGCGCUUGUUGACUACUACGGAGGGAAGCGAGUCAUGGCGUAUGGUGUGGCUUUAUGGUCCUUCGCUACAUUCCUUUCCCCUUGGGCAGCUGCACGGUCACUGUGGUUGUUCAUCUCGACUAGAAUUCUGCUCGGUGUUGCAGAAGGAGUGGCAUUGCCAUGUAUGAACAAUAUGGUGCUGAGGUGGUUUCCUCGCACUGAACGAUCUAGUGCUGUGGGGAUCGCGAUGGCUGGCUUUCAGCUUGGAAAUACCAUCGGCUUACUUCUUUCCCCUAUUAUCAUGUCACGAACUGGAACAUUUGGACCCUUUGUGAUUUUUGGUUUGUUUGGAUUUCUGUGGGUGCUGGUGUGGAUGUCUGCUAUAACAGGAACUCCUGGUGAACAUCCUCAAAUAUCAGCAUAUGAACUAGAGUAUAUAACAAAGGGUCAGAAAUUGGUGAAACCUCAAGUUCAAGGUGAAAAACUAAGAAAGAUCCCUCCGUUUAGAAACCUACUUUCUAAAUGGCCAACCUGGGCUUUAAUUUCUGCAAAUGCUAUGCAUAGCUGGGGCUAUUUCGUCAUCCUUUCGUGGAUGCCAGUGUAUUUCAAAACCAUAUUUCAUGUCAAUCUGAGAGAAGCUGCAUGGUUUAGUGCAAUUCCCUGGGUCAUGAUGGCAGUUUUAGGUUAUGUGGCUGGUGUUGUAUCAGAUGCACUUAUCCGAAAUGGCACAAGCAUUACUUUAACUCGGAAGAUAAUGCAGACAAUUGGCUUUGUGGGUCCUGGUAUUGCUCUUAUUGGUUUAAAUGCAGCAAAGAGUCCAGCCAUUGCUUCAGCUUGGCUAACUAUUGCUGUUGGUUUGAAGUCCUUUGGUCACUCAGGAUUCCUUGUAAACUUUCAGGAGAUCGCUCCACAAUAUGCCGGAGUGCUACAUGGAAUGGCAAAUACGGCUGGAACAUUUGCUGCCAUUUUAGGAACUAUUGGAGCAGGAUUCUUUGUUGAUCGGAUGGGUUCUUUCCGUGGAUUUUUAACAUUAACAUCACUUCUAUAUUUCAGCAGUGCCCUGUUCUGGGAUGUCUUUGCUACUGGAGAGCGUGUUGAUUUUGAUGGCACUAGCUAGCACCAAAGAGGAAACAUAUAGUAAACAAUUUGAUGAUUCACUGGGAGUAUUGUGGCAUUAUCAUAUCGGACAGUACUGAGAAUUUCCAUGAACCGAGAUGAGCAUUACACAUCCGGACUACCACAUUGUGUGCUUCAAUGUAGUGGAAGUAUGUGGUGAAUUGUCUUAUUGUGGAAGCAGAGUGUCAGAGGUUUAGAUCAUGUGAAUCUUUCCGCUGCAUAAGUCGGAAAUGUGAAUUUCAAGAGUCAAGGAUGCUUGAAGCAUGCCAGAGAAUAAAUGGCGGUGUAGGAGUCAUGCUUUAGGGGUGGCAAACUGGCAAUGGUAGUGGUAGGGAUUGAAAAAUAUUUGCCAGCGUAGUUGAAAGGCUUGAACUAGCGUAGUUUUUGUGGCAAGAGUUGCCCUUGUUUAAAAUGGCUAGCAGAUGUACUGCAUGAUUAGUGAAAAGGUGAGGCCAGGAACCCACAAACAAAGUGGGGAACCUGUUGAGGGUGUAAAGACAGCAAUGUAAGUCGUUGAGGGCAUUUAAACUCAUAAUGUGAGGCUACUGCAAAUAUCCGGAA